AUGAAAAUCCUCUUAAACAAUAUAAAGGAAUGUUUCCAAAAAAUCUUAAAGAGAAGUGAAUUUGGCAAGACCUCCGUAUGCAUUAUAGUAUCUUUGGACGUAGACGCCAUAUGCGCAUUAAGGAUUCUCACUUCCUUGUUGAAUAGGGAGAACCUGCAAUUCAGAAUGAUCCCAGUUUCUGGGUACUCUGAAAUGACUGAAGCAAUUCAGAAAUGUGGGAAUAUGUAUAAGAGUAUAAUUUUAUUAAAUUGUGGAAAUGUGUAUGACAUGAGUGACUUUAUAAAGGGAGACAUCAAGUUCUUCAUAUUUGACAGUCACAAGCCCAUCAAUCACAACAAUGUGAAUAACGAGAAGAGUAUCUAUAUUAUAGAUGAUGGCAUGGGACAACUGGAGAAAUGUCCAGAGGAGGAAAUCAAAGAAAUGAGUGAUGGAGACGAAGACUCAAUCGAUGAAGACGACUCAGGAUCUCAUUCAUCAUAAAUUCAAAGGAAGCAAUAGCAGAAAUUGCAAAGAAGUCUUCGCAAAUAACUCAUUCAAAUGCAUGAAGAUUACUACAGUCAAGGAACCUAUUACAGCAGACCAAGUUCGACUGUGGUUUAUACUUUGGCUUAACAAAUGAAUCACGAUUGCAACGAUCAUUUAUGGUAUGCAAUUCUGGGAUUGACUGAUGCCUAUAUUCAUAUGCGAUUGAACCAAAAGAAUUAUGAUCUCAUUUUUGAAGAAUUGCAGAAUGAAGUCAUCAGAUUGAACAUCCAUUUCGAGGAAACUCAAGGAGAUGCUAAGAAGAUUGGAGGAGUCUUCAUUGAAAACGAAUACAAAUUCUUGCUCAUGAGACAACAAUCACUUUAUAACUCAAUGUACUAUUCUUCCUAUGUCGGAACUAAACUCAAAUUGUGGAAGGAUAGGGACAACAAAAGAUUGGAAGAGUUUAUGGCUAAAUUAGGUAUUCCAUUAAAUGAAGCAAAAUAGGAUUUUCGAUACAUGAAUUAGAAAUACAAAUAAAUAUUGAAAUCCUAAAUUGCUGAGGUGGCAUCUAAAUUUCAGAUGGAUGAUAUUCUUUAUAGAUCAUUUGUUCGCCAAUCUGAUACUAAAAUAUAAAUUGCAGCCAGCGAUAUGGUUUACGCUGUUAAUGCAAUCCUUGAAUACCCAUAAGCAUUGCUCUCUAAACAAUUAAUGCAACAUCAAUGUUCUGAAGUCAUUGAAAAGUUGAAGACCUCUGAAACUGCAGCCAAAUUCUAGAAUUUCUUUUGUGCCUUAGACACUUUGGGCAGUAAAUCUGAUGACCUGUUCCAACAAGGAGUACAAAUGGCUUUGGAGUUCCAAGCUGCUCUGGUUGAUGAAGCCAACAAUCUUAUCGAAAACAACGAGCUUUAUCCAUGCAAGCAUUUCAGAUAUGGAAUUUUGAAAAAUGAAAGUCCUUAGCAGAAGAAGUUCUUUCAACAUCCUUAAAGCUUAUAAAAAUUAGCUCUCCUCCUUAUGGAUAUCUACAAAGAAAAGGGAUACAAAUAAUCCAAUAAGUCAGUCAUUCUAGUUAAUCAAUUGGGUGAGUUAUUCAUGGUGGUUGGAGUGGUCGGAGGAAUGAGUUUUAGUGGACAAGAAAAAAAUUAGUUUGGAUAAUAUUUCCUAAGAAAAGUCUAGGAAUUGAAUCUAUAAUUCAGACAAGAUAGUUUUGAAACUUCAGUAAUCGAAAUCCAUAAAGAUGAUUUUCCGAAUUUCAUUGAUGCAAUCACAGAUUUUAAAAAAAAUUGA